AUGGAGAUUUCUUGGGUAGGUUACUCUCUCCAGGUGUCGGCGGUGUAUGCCAAAUGUACAAGAGUGGGUCGGCGGAGCUUAUGGCAAGCAAUGGAGGAUGUCCGUGAGAGGUUUCCAGGUCCAUGGCUAAUGGCGGGAGACUUUACUGUGGUUUCUAAUGCCAGCGAACGGUUUGGCGGGGCCCCACCAAACAGGCGCAAUAUGGAUGAUUUUAACGAGGCCAUUUUCUCUUGUGGGCUUGUUGAUGGCCCCCUGUUCUCCUGGACCAACGGUAGGCAGUGUUUGGAUCGGGCUAUUGCGAACACAGCCUGGAUGGACACUUUUGAUGUGACGAAAGUGUCCCACCUAGUGCGAGGUAGAUCUGACCAUGCUCCUCUCUUUGUCAAAUGUGGCUUGCACAAGGCACAUAGCUCAUCUUUCCGUUUCCUUAAUGUCUGGACCAAACAUUCGAGCUUCAUGGGUGUGGUCCGGGACGCUUGGCAAGUUCCUGUUCACGCUGGGGGUAUGCUCGGUUUCUACCAACGGCUGUCGAAUGUUAAAAGUAAACUCCGCGGCUGGAGCAGGCAGUCGUUUGGAGAUAUCUUUCAGGCAGUACAUGUGGCUGAGGAAAACUUGUUGUAUCAUCAGGAGAUGUUUGACGCGACUCGCGAUGACAUCUCUCGGAUGCAGUUGGGGGAGGCUCAGCUAGAAGAUGAGGAGGAGAUCAGAGUUUCGACAGUGCAAUACUUUGAGAAGCUGCUCACGUCGGACCGGGAGGACCGGACUACCCCAAGCUUGGACUUCCCGCUCCCCUCACUGACAGAUGAGGACAAUUUGAUGUUUCAGCAGUUGCCGUUCCUGCAGGAUGUAAAAGAGGAGUUCUUCAAGGGGGCCCCUCAACCCAGAGGCUUCUCUAGUGCAUUGAUUGUGUUAAUCCCAAAGGUACCGGGGGUGACUAAAUGGCAGGAGUUCAGACCGAUCAGCUUGUGUAAUCAAAGCUCCAAGAUUAUCUCCAAAGUGCUGACAAACCGCCUCAACCUUCUGCUCCCUAAACUUAUCUCACCAUGGCAAUCAGGUUUUGUCCCAGGCAGGAGUAUUGCUGAUAAUAUCCUUGUGGCACAGAAACUGGCACUGGAUAUUGAUAGGAAGCUGCGAUGCCCAAACCUGAUGCUGAAACUAGAUAUGGAGAAGGCGUAUGACAGGGAUUCUUCAAAUCCUCUAGGGGGGUUCGACAAGGCGACCCGCUCUCUCCACUGUCAAGAUGAGAGUCAUUUCUUCAUCUCCCCUGGGUUGCGGGUCCCUUACUUGGCGUUUGCGGAUGAUACCCUGGUCUUCACCCGGUGCUCUGAGGAGGGGUUGGCUUCUCUCAAGACGUUCUUUGACUCUUACCAGGCUUUCUCGGUUUUGCUCAAGCUGGGAAAGUUGUGUAAUGCUUUUCUCUGGGAUAAGCCCACUGGAGUGAGGGGCAUCCAUUGGACUUCUUGGGGAAAGAUCUGCUACCCGGUUUCUGAGGGUGGCUUGGGUUUUCGCUCCUUUGAAGACAUGAGCUCUGCCUUCGCCGGUAAGCUAUGGUGGCGGUUGAGGAAAAACGAAUCGUUAUGGGCGCACUUCAUGCAGGCCAAAUAUGUUAGAGGCAAGCACCCGCUCCAAGUGCAGGUGGUCAGGCCUUCGGCUGCAUGGAGGCGGUUGGAGGGAAUUAGACGGGUAGCAGAGAGUCACAUCAGGUGGUGCGUGGGUAAAGGAUUUGUAGAUCUGUGGGGUUGUAAUGUAGCGAGACUAGAGCAAUGGGUGCCUGCUCAGCUGGUUAAUCAGAUCCAGAAUUCGGCACAAACGCAACACCUCGCUACUAGACGGGCUCCUUUGGACAAGCAUAGUGCCACUGAAGUUAUCAUUCUUCGCAUGGAAGGUUUUACGUAG